AUGCAACGCAGAAAAGUCUCGAGCACGCAGGAGCAGGGCACGAGCCCGACACCGCCAGCAAAGGCGCUACAGGAGUACAUCGACACCGAUGGCCACUUUUCCCUCGUCAGGAACUUCCGACUGGCUGAUCUGGUAACGAUCAUGAACGGCUUCUGCGGCGCGUUCUCGGUCUUCUACUCCGCCCACUACCUGCUGUCAAACGAGGAGGCGCACUUAUGGCGCGCACUUGCCUUCCCCGUCGGAGGUCUCCUAUUCGACUUCUUUGAUGGCAAAGUCGCACGCUGGCGCAACUCGAGCAGUCUACUUGGCCAGGAGCUCGAUUCGCUCGCAGACUUGAUAUCAUUUGGCGUAGCGCCAGCGGUACUAGCUUUCACGCUCGGUCUGCGUACAGUACUGGACAUGGUCGGCCUGACUGUGUUCGUUUGCUGUGGCCUGGCCCGACUGGCGCGUUUCAACGCAACGGUGGCGUCGGUACCCAAGGACGAGACGGGCAAGUCCAAGUACUUCGAGGGCCUCCCCAUUCCGUCAUCACUAGCAAUUGUCGCUGCCAUGUCCUACUGCGUGAGCAAGGGAUAUAUUGAAGGCAAGGCGGGAGUGCCUGGCCCGCUAUAUUCGCUCGGCCCGCUUGGGGAGCUGCAUGGCGCCACGCUCGUGUUUGUCGGCUGGGCGGCGAUGAUGGUUAGCAAAACUAUGCGUGUUCCUAAGCUGUAG